AUGAGUGAGCUCAUAUGGGAUGAAACACAUACAAUAAACUCCCAGCAUACAUUUUGCUACUGUGGAAAAGACAGAAACCUUUUGGAAGUUGCUCUUCAGUGUCGACUCUGCAGGAACUGGUUUCAUGCUGAAUGUACGACAAUAACUAAUCCACCCGAUAUCUUGUUUGCAACCAAUUAUAUCUUUACAUGUCAUAACUGCCAUGAUAGCCAUAUUGAAACCUAUGAAAGGACAACAGCAGGCUGGAAAGAUAUUUGCUCUACGACCAUUGCCAAUCUGAUACUAGAAGAAAUACUCUGUCGCAUAGGCACUGAUAAUGAAGAGUUGUUUGAGAGUAAAAAUGCAGCAUUAAUGCAAGAAUGGCAUCCAGAACAGCAUUAUUUCAAUAAAAAGCAAAUUAUUCCUUAUGUAGACAAACAUUGGCUCAGUUUAUGCACAGAAAGAGCCAGGACAACUACAUGGUGGGCUACGUUAGGCAGCUGUCUUUAUUCCUCCAAAGAUGCAUUUGUGGCUCGUGAUGAAAAGCAAAGAUCAGCAGCUUCUGAUUUUCGGCUGGUAGAUGCCAAUCUUUGGCAUGUGAGACCUACAUAUCAGCAUGGAGCCAAAACACCUUUAGUCAUAGCACGUACACCUAAAGAAAAGCGCAAGGAACUAGAUUCAGAGGAUACAAAAUGGAGAUCAGCCACACCUAUUACACCUUCUCCUCCUCGAUCUUCUUCUCCAGUACCAUUUACACCCACAACUGUGCCUGCUGUGUUUCCUUCAGGCACAGCAAACACAGAUCACCCAUUCAAUCGAUUUGGUUUUAAAUAUAUUCCUUGUGAGCCAUCCAUUUUACAUCUUGUGGCCUACCAACAAGCAGAGAAUAGCCUAGGAGGAUGUACAAUCAGUAUUCCUGAUAAAAGUUCUUAUCUUUCUGUGACAAAGGAUGGAUUGACAGUAACGACCGAAAAAGGAUUUCGUAUGUGUAGAGCCAAUGUAGGCGUAAAAGAAGGGAGUUGGUUUUGGGAAGCAAGAAUUCAAGCAGCAGCAGGAUCAACAGAUUCAGAUGGUCCUCAUGUUCGAUUAGGCUGGGCAAGAAGAGAAGCGUGUCUUAAUGCACCAGUAGGAUAUGAUGGUUAUAGUUAUGGGUACCGCGAUAAAACAGGAGACAAAUUGUUUUGCUCAAGACCUGAAAAAUACGGUGAGCCUUUUCAAACGGGCGAUGUGAUAGGUCUUUACAUCUCACUUCCAUCUAAAAGCAAACAAAACUUCAAGAGUGCAUCGAGGAGACGUAUACCCAUUGCUUAUAAAGAACAUUUGUGGUUUGAAGAAAAGGAUUAUCGACCGAGCAAAGAAAUGGAAGCACUUGCGGACCCUUAUAGAAAAGAUAAAGAAAACGAUUAUGAGCCCAAGACUCUACCCGGAUCCUUUAUCACAGUCUAUAAGAAUGGGGUCAAUCAAGGCGUGAUGUUUACUGACUUGUUUGAUUUUGAAGACUUUGGCCGUUUACCAGAAACUAUCAUGGCGAAGCAUGCCAAAAAGAAGAGAAAGCACAAGAAAGAUGCUGCUGGUAGUUCAAACUUGCAUGAGUUUGAUACGGCAGGUCAUCAACAUUGGACGGAUGAUCCACCUGUAGAAGAUGAUGGUACUCUGGGUUAUUACCCUGCUGUUAGUGUCUUUAAAGGUGGUGUAGUUACAUGUAAUUUUGGGCCUCAAUUUCAAUAUCCACCUUUAGAUCAAAAGGAUAAUUGGAAGCCAUUUUGUCAAAGAUACAAUGACUACAUGGCAGAAGAAUGUGUAUGGGACUUGCUGGAUGAAGUUUCACGUUCAUUUAGGCAACAACAAAAAAAAGCUUCCAUAGCAUAG